AUGCAGUUCAAGACGAUAAUCAUAACUUUAGUUUCAUUAGCCUAUGUAUCUGCCGUUUCGAGAAGCAAGGCGAAACCUCAUCAUCAUCUUCAUGAAGAGAAUUCCACUGCGCUCAAUAGGACCAAUGCCACCACUGCCACUGCCACCAGGGGCAAUGGCGUGAUUAACAGUGUGAAUUUGGCUGGUGCUGCUGCUGCCAUUGCUGCUGGUGCCAUGUUGUUGUGA